AUGCUCGUGGACGCGGAGCCAACAACGUUCAGUGGCGAACCAACAGCAACUACGACGACAACUACGAUCGAGUUGCGUUCGCGGUUUCGCUGGAGGCUGGACUUUCGACCGGCCAAGUUUGCAAGCCUGAAUGAGCGAGAGGAAGGCGAACUAUCAGUGGCUGAUGGCAGCAAGGCUGCGAUCAAGGGUGUGGGAACCAUCGUGGAACGGGUGGUUCUGCCCAAUGGUGACGAACGCGACAUCGAGAUCAAGGACGCGCUGUUCGUACCAAGUAUGAGCAAGAAUCUGCUUUCGGUGCCACAGAUCAACAAGGGUGGCAGGUUCCAAGUCGUGUUCGAUGGAUCCAAGAUGCAAGUGAAGCGCAAGAAUUCCACACAAGUCGUGGCAACAGCGGAUCUCGUCGAUGGACUUUACUGGCUGCGGACUCCUCAACGAUCGGCAAAUGCAGCAACACGCAAUGAGACCAUCGACUUGCAUGCGCGCAUGGGUCAAGCACCCCUCGAAGUUCUGCGCAAGAUGGUGGCCACUGGCAUGAUCAAGGACGCCAAGGCACCUCUCAACUCGACUGGUCCAAGUGUGUGUCGCGGUUGCCAGCAAGGAAAGAUGGUCCAAAAACCAUUCCCAACCAACCGUGACAAACGCCAAUAUGGUGUGUUCGAGUUGCUGCACUUCGACAUCUGCGGGCCAAUGGAACAAGUCUCGAUCGGCGGCAGCAGAUACUUACUGCUUGUGGUUGACGAAGCCAGCGGUUGCAUGAAGGGCUUCUGUCUGCGGUCCAAGUCUGAGAGUGAAGACUGUAUCAAGAACCACAUCAUCAAAAUUCAAACUCAGUUCGGCACGAAGAUCAAGUUUGUUCGGCACGGUGGAGCGCAUGAGUUUGCGACCAACUCCAUCAAGACCUUCUACGAAGAUCAUGGUAUCGAGCAACAGAUCACGGUGCCGUAUGCACACCAGACCAACGGCACCGCAGAACGCGCGAUAAGGACCAUCGUCACGGUCGGACGCAGCUUGUUGCAUCAUGCAAAGCUGGAGAAGUGUUUCUGGGCUGAAGCGGCAAUGACGGCGAUCUACAUCAAGAAUCGCCUGCCUUCACCCAAGAUCGACCACAAGACUCCGUUCGAGAUCGUGUACAAGUCGAAACCAAGUGUCAAGCACAUGCGCGUGUUUGGAUGUCGGGCGUUUAUCCUGACACCAAGGGAGAAGCGAUUGAAGUGGGACCCGAAGGCUCGUGAAGGGAUGUUCCUGGGCUACGAAGAAGCGUCAAAAGCUUAUCGAGUGUAUGACAUUGAGGCGGGCCAAGUGGUGAUCAGUCGUGACAUCACCUUCGACGAAUCGACUUUUGACUUUUCGAUGGACCGACCAAGUGACGAUGAUGAAGAUGCGGAGUUGGACCUCGACCUCCUGGCGAUCAACGAGGACGACGUGCGUCAAACCGUCUACAAGCAGACUGGCAAGCGCAAGAGUGAAGCAAGACCCGGCAUGUCACGUUCAGCUCGCCCUCGAACUGGGUUGGAACAAGCAAGUGCGCCGGCACACGUCUCCAACCGUCACCAGAAACGACGAUCAAGUGCUCCAGAAACGAUGUCUGAUGACGAAGAAGAUGCAAGCGUCUACGAUCAAGAUGACGACUCGACGCCUCCAACAUUUUGGCAUGCAAGUGCAAACGCAGUGGAAACAACGGACCUAGCAGAACCUGUGACUUUUCAAGACGCGAUCAAUGGUCCUGAUCAAGCUCACUGGCGAAAUGCUGUGAAGGCGGAACUCAAGUCGAUGCAUCGUCGUGGAGUUUUCCGUGCGGCAAAACUGCCAAGAGGCCAAGGCGCGAUCGGCACCAAGUGGGUGUUCAAGAUCAAGCGCAAAGCGGAUGGAUCGGUCGAGAAAUACAAGGCGCGUCUCGUUGCCAAUGGCUUCAAGCAGAAGUACGGCAUCGACUACACAGAGACGUUCUCGCCCGUGGUCAAGUACGUGACACUGCGUAUGGUGAUCGCGAUCACCAAGUAUUUCGACUGGCCACUGGACCAAAUCGAUGUGGUGACAGCCUUUCUCUACGGAGUGAUGAAGGAGAAGGUGUACUGCGUGAUACCAGAAGGCGUCGAGAUGGAUGGCGAAUUCGACUGUCUCGAGUUGGUGAAGGCGAUCUACGGUCUCAAGCAAGCUUCACGUGUGUGGAAUGAGACUUUCGACGAGUUCGUAUGCUCUAUCGGUUUCGAAGCGUCGGCGUUCGACCCAUGUCUCUACAUCAAGGUUGUCGACGGUCACUGUGUGCUCGUGCUGGUCUACGUGGAUGACGUGUUGGUCACCGGCAGCUCGCUCGAGUUGAUUGCGCAGACGAAGGCCGACCUCAAGACGCGUUUCGAGAUGACCGACAGUGGCAAGUGUACUUUUGUACUGGGCAUCGAACUGGUGGACGAAUCGGAUGGCAGCGUGACGAUGUGCCAGCGACGGUAUGUCAACGACAUCCUCAAGCACUUCGGCAUGGAUGAGUGCAAGGCCACAGCAAGUCCGGUCGACUUGAGCACUCGGCUUGUCGCAAGCACCGAAGCGGCCAAGAUCGACGUUCCGUUUCGUGAAGCUGUGGGAGCUUUGAUGCACUUGACGACUGCGACGCGCCCGGACAUUGCGUAUGCUGUGGGGUACGUCUCGCGCUUCAUGGAGAAUCCGCAGCAAGAACAUUGGACGGCGGUGAAGCGCAUCUUUCGUUACUUGCAAGGGACCAAGUCGCACGGACUCCGCUUCCAGCCAAGCGACAAGAUCGACUUUCGUGGCUACUCGGACGCGGACUGGGCCGGCGACCACGCUGAUCGCAAGUCGACUUCGGGUUACACUUUCAUGCUGAUGGGUGCUCCUGUGAGUUGGAGAAGCAAGAAGCAGUCAAGUGUGUCGCUGUCGACGAGUGAAGCGGAAUACAUCGCACUGAGUCUGGCCAUCCAGGAAGGCAAAUGGGUGCAUCGCCUGCUAUGCGAGAUUUUGGCGGCUGCAAACGAACCAGGACCGGACCUCGUCAUCCGUGAAGACAACCAGUCGUGCAUCAAGAUGACGAAGAAUCCGGUGAAUCAUGGCCGCGCCAAGCACAUCGACAUCAAGUACCAUCACAUCCGUGAUGAGGUCAAGCGCGGUGAAGUGCAGCUCGAGUAUUGCGAGACUUCCGAGAUGAUGGCGGACAUCAUGACCAAGGGACUUUCGGGACCUCGCCACAAGGACUUGACGACGGCUCUCGGCAUUCGUGCGAGUUCGGAUUGA